CCCUUUCUCUCUCUGAAAUCAAUAAAGAUAUAUUUAAAAAAAAAAACAAAACAUAAAAACACUAGAUCACCUGACGAGACUCCCUCAAAGUUCCAAAUCAGCAUGGGAUCUCCUUCGUAGUGCCUGCUUUCUCUGUUCCCUCUAGUUUUCGAGAUUGUUCUGCUCAAGAACAAAGACCAUUUAGGCUGCCUCAGCCUUUUCAGGAGCUGAGGUCUCUGUUCUUAGGUAGGUUGAGGACAUGAACUUGGCACUGAAGGUGUUUCAUAUCCUGAUACAGACGGUGAACCUGCUCCUCAAUAAGGGAGCCAGCCUGAAUGUCUGUGACAAAAAGGAGAGGCAGCCUCUGCACUGGGCAGCUUUUCUGGGGCAUUUGGAGGUCCUGAAACUGCUGGUGGCACGGGGAGCAGACCUUGGCUGCAAGGACCGCAAGGGCUAUGGGCUGCUCCAUACAGCUGCUGCCAGUGGCCAGAUUGAAGUGGUGAAGUACCUACUCCGGAUGGGGGCUGAGAUUGAUGAGCCCAACGCUUUUGGAAACACAGCUUUGCACAUCGCCUGCUACCUGGGCCAGGAUGCUGUGGCUAUUGAGCUGGUGAAUGCAGGAGCCAAUGUCAACCAGCCGAAUGACAAGGGCUUCACGCCACUACAUGUGGCUGCAGUCUCCACCAAUGGCGCUCUCUGCUUGGAAUUGCUAGUCAAUAACGGGGCUGAUGUCAAUUACCAGAGCAAAGAAGGGAAAAGUCCUCUGCACAUGGCUGCCAUCCAUGGCCGUUUCACCCGCUCCCAGAUCCUCAUCCAGAAUGGCAGCGAGAUUGAUUGUGCUGACAAAUUUGGGAACACGCCACUGCACGUUGCUGCUCGCUACGGACACGAGCUACUCAUCAGCACCCUCAUGACCAAUGGCGCAGAUACCGCCCGGCGCGGCAUCCACGACAUGUUCCCCCUGCACUUAGCUGUUCUUUUUGGAUUCUCUGACUGUUGUCGUAAGCUUCUUUCCUCAGGUCAGCUGUACAGCAUUGUGUCUUCUCUCAGCAAUGAGCAUGUGCUUUCAGCUGGGUUUGACAUCAAUACACCUGACAACCUUGGCCGCACCUGUCUUCAUGCUGCUGCUUCUGGAGGGAAUGUUGAAUGUCUUAAUUUGCUGUUGAGCAGUGGAGCUGACUUGAGGAGAAGAGACAAAUUUGGAAGGACUCCACUGCACUAUGCAGCUGCCAAUGGCAGCUACCAGUGCGCUGUCACGCUGGUGACUGCUGGGGCAGGUGUCAAUGAGGCCGACUGUAAAGGCUGCUCCCCCCUCCACUACGCUGCUGCCUCUGACACCUACAGGAGAGCAGAACCCCACUCAUCUUCCAGCCACGAUGCUGAAGAGGACGAGCCACUGAAGGAGUCCCGCAGGAAGGAGGCCUUCUUCUGUCUGGAGUUCUUACUGGAUAAUGGUGCAGACCCUUCCCUGCGGGACAGGCAGGGCUACACAGCUGUGCACUAUGCAGCCGCCUAUGGCAACAGACAGAACCUCGAACUGCUCUUAGAAAUGUCCUUUAACUGCCUGGAGGAUGUGGAGAGCACCAUUCCAGUCAGCCCUUUGCACUUAGCUGCCUACAAUGGUCACUGUGAAGCCCUGAAGACACUGGCCGAGACGCUGGUGAAUCUGGAUGUAAGGGACCACAAGGGCCGGACUGCACUCUUCCUGGCCACUGAGCGAGGCUCUACUGAGUGUGUGGAGGUGCUUACGGCCCACGGCGCCUCUGCCCUCAUCAAGGAGCGCAAGCGCAAGUGGACACCCCUGCAUGCUGCUGCUGCCUCUGGUCACACUGAUUCCCUGCACUUGCUGAUCGACAGUGGGGAACGAGCUGACAUCACAGAUGUCAUGGAUGCCUAUGGACAAACCCCACUGAUGCUGGCCAUCAUGAAUGGCCACGUGGACUGUGUACAUCUGCUGCUAGAGAAAGGAUCCACAGCUGAUGCUGCUGACCUCCGGGGCCGCACCGCCCUCCACCGUGGGGCAGUGACUGGCUGUGAGGACUGCCUGGCUGCCCUGCUGGACCACGACGCAUUUGUGCUGUGCCGAGACUUUAAGGGCCGCACACCAAUUCACCUGGCCUCUGCCUGUGGCCACACUGCAGUCCUGCGGACCCUGCUGCAGGCUGCCCUUUCCACAGACCCUCUGGAUGCUGGAGUGGAUUAUAGCGGAUACUCGCCCAUGCACUGGGCCUCCUACACUGGACAUGAAGAUUGUCUGGAGUUGUUACUUGAACACAGCCCAUUUUCAUACCUGGAAGGAAACCCCUUCACUCCUUUGCACUGUGCAGUAAUUAAUAACCAGGACAGCACCACAGAGAUGCUGCUGGGAGCUCUGGGUGCCAAGAUUGUGAACAGCCGAGAUGCCAAAGGACGGACCCCUCUUCACGCCGCUGCCUUCGCGGAUAAUGUUUCUGGGCUCCAGAUGCUGCUGCAGCAUCAGGCCGAGGUGAACGCCACUGACCACACUGGCCGCACUGCGCUCAUGACGGCAGCUGAAAACGGGCAGACGGCUGCUGUGGAAUUUCUGCUGUAUCGAGGGAAGGCUGACCUUACUGUGCUGGAUGAGAACAAGAACACUGCCCUCCACUUGGCUUGUAGCAAGGGCCAUGAGAAAUGUGCCCUCAUGAUCCUGGCAGAAACCCAAGACCUUGGCCUUAUCAAUGCUACCAACAGUGCGCUGCAGAUGCCACUCCACAUUGCUGCCCGGAAUGGUCUAGCUUCUGUGGUGCAGGCCUUGCUGAGUCGUGGGGCCACAGUGCUGGCUGUGGAUGAAGAAGGUCACACCCCAGCACUGGCCUGUGCCCCCAACAAAGAUGUGGCAGACUGCCUGGCCUUGAUCCUUUCCACCAUGAAGCCUUUCCCACCCAAGGACGCCGUCAGUCCUUUCAGCUUCAGCCUGCUCAAGAACUGCAGCAUUGCAGCAGUCAAGACGGUGGGUGGCUGCGGGGCUUUGCCCCACGGGGCCUCCUGCCCCUACAGCCAGGAGCGGCACGGCGCCAUUGGGUUAGAUGGCUGCUACUCUGAGUAGCCCCUUUCCAGUGUCCCUCUCCCUGCCGGUGGCUUGAUAUCUUAUUCUAUUUAUUUAGAAAAAGUCUAUACAUUUAGGGCACUUUAAAGGAGAACACGACUGGGUUGGGGGGCGGAGGGGGGAGAAAAGCACUGGGGAGCAGCUGCUUACCCCUUUGCCACACCAUCCUGGCCUGGCAGGGGUCUGGGACUAACAGGGAGCACCCCAGGCCCUUGGUACCCCCGGGGCAGCCCCUUCUGCCAAGUGUCCCAAAAUGAUUGCUAAAUGCCUGGCUCCCCCUCUCUUCUACCCCAUCUCUCAGUUCCCCCUUUCUGCUGCCAGCGAUCCCAACUCAUCCCUCUGAAUCUCCUCUCUGUGUCCCUCUGCCCCCUAUCCCUCCUGCCAGGCAGAUCCCCUCCUCUUUUUCCAUACCCAUCACUGCCUCCCUGCUCGGCCGGCUCCUCCAUCCCCGCAGCAGUGAGAAGCCUUAAUUUCUGGUACUGUGUGAGCACUCUGGGGGCGUCCCCCUCCCCCUUCAGGGGCAGCUAGUGGACGAGGGGGGAGGGUAUUUAGCACUGGGGCCUGGAGCUUUUCCCCCAUUUCUGUACUCUAUCACCCCUAAAGUUCAAAUGCAAAACACUUGAAGCAGCAACUACUGUACCUGGGCCCCAAUCCUGCACUCUCCCCUGGCUCCUCAUAUGCAAAACAAGGGCUGGUUCUGCCCCCACAGCCUACCCCUCCCUGCUUCCCUUUCCCUCCUGGCCUGGCCCCCUAACCACGCACUUUAACCUUGCUUCUUUCUUUUAACUUCUUUUGGGAGGGCAGAGCCUCUGGCCAUUCCUUCACUGGUUCUCCUCUCCCUUAACUUUGAGGCUUGUCAUGAAUUUUUAAGUAAGCAUUUUAUCCUUUAGGGAAACAAAUUAAUUUCCUGCCCAUUUCAAAACCACAGCCCUAGAAUGUCCUAUGUGUUUCAGGCAUGUGUUUGCAUGUAUAUGGAGGGAGGGACUGUGUUCUUCCUCCUGUGCCCCCCAAUCCUAUAGUUCCUCUGUUCCCUGUCUGCUACCACCUUCCAUUAUGUCCAAGAGUACCCACCACCCUCAGUCACUCCUGAUCUGAAGCCAAAGAUGGUGGGAAGGGCCGGGCAGACUAGGGACUGUGGCUACUUGGGACUGGGCUUCCCCUCCCGUGUGAGGAUGAAGCUCUGACCUAAGGAGCAGCCUACAGAUACUGAGGUUAGGUCCUUGCCUUCCCAGCAGCAGGGAGAGGGGUUUGAGCUAGGGGCUGCACUGAGAAGAUUCCUCAAAGUUGCACCCCAAAAGCCAAACGGCCGGAGUGAGGAGGGGGCAGUUUUUCUCUAAAUGUAGCAUUGAAUUUGGCCCUGGUCUCUUCAAAAGCCCUGUCCAUCCAUCUCCUAGCUAAGCCUCCUGGACAGUUGGACCCCUUCCCCACAGCCCAGUGUUCCCUUCCUCACACUCAAUACCUCAGCCAGGGGCCAAGACACAGAACUUGAAUAGAGGUCAUGCUCCCUCCGCCCCCACAGUGCAUCCUUGCCCAGUUUGGCUGCCAUCAGUAUUGUCCGCUGAGAACUGGAUGGGCUUCGUUUACACAGUUGAGGGUACCCGUGUUGGGAGCCCUCAUUCUCCUGCCCCCUCUCAUGCUUGCUUUAUUCAUCAUCUUACCUAAUUUUCAGUUGUGGCCCCUGCAAAUCUUGCCACCCUUACCAAGGGUGGGCUGAGGGGAGAGGGGGCAUCCCAGGGCCCCUCCCUCCUGCUCAGAUGCCCUUAACCAUACCUCAUGCUGGUCUCCCGAUGCCUGGGGUGUUUGUCCAAGUCCUUAUUCUUUUUGUCUGUUUCCUUUUCAUCCUCUCUCUGUGUCUUGCUUCCCUUACCCCUCAGUUCCUAAACCAUUUCAAAGCUUCCAAAUGACCAUUAUUGGUGAGAAGGAUUGUGCAGCUUUUAGUUUUCAUUUUUGUUUUCAAAGCCAAAGGGCCUUGUGACGCCCCUCUUGCCCACUUCCCUUCACACCCUGUCCUCCCCUAUACGACAAUCAAUGUGACCUCUCUUAAGGGCUGCAGCCCCCCACCCCCCACCCUGCUGGUUCUGCAGAGCUUGCCCCCUAACUUUAAUUCUCUCUCCUGAAAUCUUCCCAUUUCACCCCCUCCCUCUCAUUUUGGUGCUGGGAAUUAGGUGGUGGGGGCGGGGGAGAAGGGAUCUGGGUCCUCCGGAGAAGGAGACUCUCGGGGUAUCAGUCGUGUUCUCCUUUAGCAAUGUUCGGCGAUGACAGGAAGAAUCAGAGUAUUUGUCAGGACCCCCAUUGUUUUUGCUAGAUGAGAUUUCUGGUGGCUGCCUGCCCGCCCCCUGCUGCCCCUUCAGCACACCGUCAGCCAUGCUGGGCAUGUGGUGGGGCAACCUCUGUCCUUCCUCACAUGGCUGUGAGGAAGCCUAGAGGACAAGCAGCCUCCUCUCCUAUGCCAAAGGAAAUCCCACACCCCACCCCAGGUUCUCCAGCCCCUAGUGUUUUUUGAAGCAUUUUGACCAUUCUCAUGGCCACUGCAUAUUUAUUUUAAUGUUAAGAUUUUUUUUUUAACCUCUUUGACUUAAACGGGUGUGGAGAAGUAAAACAGGCAGAAUGCCCCCCAAACUUUAGUGGGUAGGGUGGGGAAGAAACCUCUCCUUCCCUUAACCCACCCUCUUCCCCUCCCUCUCCCCACCACAGCUCUAAAGCACUUGCUUCAAGUAAUAAGCACUUUUGAGAAAAGGCCUAUUUUAAGUGAGGACCCUGGGAGCAGCCCCAGGUCCCAGCAAAGGAGACAGAGCGAGGGCUACAUAGGAGACAGGGAAACGUGUAAAUCAGAGGGCGAGAUGAAAAGAGCCAGUUUUUAGUUUCUGAUUUUGGGGGGAUAUGUUUCUGAUUGGGCGGUGGCUUUAGUGGGUUGUGUACUAUCCCUCAGAAAAACAAAUGGCACAAACUGUGGGUCCCAGGAUGGACCAACAGACCCAGGUCACUGCCACUGUCCAGCUGAGACUGAUGGGCCACCUCCCCCACCCCUUGGCCCCCUGAGCCAUAGGACUGCUGAAAACCACUGAAUGUACAGCCCAGGUUGGGGUGGGGAGCAGCCCCUGGGGGAGGGGGCUUCUCCUUUUGUUUGGUGCUGUGGGGGGUGGGAGAGAUGAGACUAAGGGACUGCCACCCCACUUAGACAUGUGUUCCGCGGGGUGGAGGGGCUGAGGAGGGCCUACCUCCCUUUCCAGCCCCGGCCAUGGCCCCUCUUCCUUCCUCAUCCCUAUCCGUUUUGACUGUAAGUCCAGCUCACCUUUGCCUUCAAUAUGUAACCAAAGGAAAACUCAAUACUGUUUCCACCGCUGUCUGCCCACCUGAGCACCUUCUUCCUCCCUGGACCUAGAAGGGGAGAAGAGG